AGUGGAGCUAGGUUUGCCGAAUUAGAUAGCCAAACGCGGCUUAUACAAAAACAGCUCUCUCUAGACUCUCUCCCAUUCUCUCUCCAUACUUCCCCUUUCUACUUUCCUUACUGUAACUGAAAUGGCCACAUCAACUAGAAAAUCAAGCGGAGCGGUGCUUCGCUCCCUCUCUCCUUCCGGAAGAUUCUACUCUUCGCAUUCGUCAUCGUCUUCUGCUUUUGCUUCGUCUAGCUCCAGCUUUUCGUCACGAUCCACCACUUUCUUUCACAGAUCUACCUCUCCAACGCGUGUCAAUCUCUACGGGUCGGCUCCGUCGGCUCCGUCCGUACGUUUCUCACUUGACCGCCCGGGUUCUCCAGGCCGGUCCAUCUCGGUGUCUCGCAAUCAGAUGGUGAAGAAGCCGACCAACAAUCCGUUGUCGAAUCGCAAGAGGACUUGUAUGUGUUCGCCGACGACACAUCCAGGUUCGUUUCGGUGUAGUUUGCACAAGAACUUCAACAACAAUCACUCGGUGUCAUAUCCGUCCAACCGAUUGAAUGCUCGGAGGUCGGCGAUGACCAACUCGCUGGUCCGAAUCGGAACGGUUGAAGGCGAUUUGGUGAAGAGAGCUUUGGCGGCUCUGAUUCGACCUUCGUCUCACCAGCAGCGGAGGCGUACGUCUUUUCAGCCUAGGCCGAGUCGGCUCUCGAUCAUGUCAAACGCCGACGAUCUGUGAUGAAAUCAGUGUACGUUGAUGAAUAAACUCCCAGAUAUCAUUAUUUUCUCAAAAAUUGUAAGUUUCCGGCGACGGAGACGACAGAUCCCGGCCGCAGGCGGUUUUGUAAUGCCCAGCACAGGCGGUGUAGCCGGUUUCAGAUCCCGGCGAAUUUGUUGGCAGUAGACCCGGUGGAGGUCGGCACGGACUAGUUUUUGGUGUACUCCGGUGACCGAGACACUGAAGAUCCAAUUACAGGACUAUAAUACUUUGUGUACAUAAAUAUAAUAUAUACAUAUAUAUAUAUAUAAGCCUUUUUAAGGCAAAUGAAGCAGAUUUGGACUUGAAUUCCAUCUAAAUGACCUUCAAAACUAAAUUUAAAACCCAGAUCAAUUAACAUGAGAUCAAUUUUGUUGAAGUCGAUUACAAAAAUGGUUUCAUAUCGUGUUGAAUGACCAUCCACAGAUCAGUUCGUUCCAUCGUCGUCUGUGUUGCGUUCGUUGUGUGACGAUGAUAAUUUGGACGCCCUCCGUUAAGAUUGACGGUUGAGUUGACGUUUUCCGUUUGCCCUUGGUUUGUGUGUAUUUUGUGAGGUUUAGCAAUAGUACAGCAGAGGAUUCAUCGUACUGGUAUUCACCGUAUACUCCUUAUGCGUAUCUUGGAGGUGUGUAUUUCCUUCAUUUCUUGUUUAUUCUUUUAUUUUCCUAAAAAAAAAAAAAAUUCUUAUUCAAUUCUUAUUGUUUGGUGCUCUUGCAGGUUCAUAUGUACAAAUUUGGAUGCCAAGAAAUGUUUAAAUCUGACUUUGGAGAACAUGAAACCGUGGGCCACGGAACCACGGGAAAAAUAAUAAACAAUGGACCAGGGGUGACCGAGACAGCUUUUUAGAUGAAAAAGAUUUGCACUUGAUUCCCUAAGUAACUUAGCCAAAAAAGAAAAAAAAAGAAAACAAAAAAUACUUGAGGAGUACCUAAUUACUCAAUAUAAAAUUAAGAUAAAAUACAGCAGUAUGUUUUUUUAGAUUUGUUAAAAGAACAUUAUGAUAAAAGUUAUUUGUUUUUUUUAGACAAAAAUACUGUUUGAAAAUUGAAAAGUGAACAAGGCAUUAUUGAAGCCGGUACAUUUUUUUAGGUUUGUCCAAUGAACAUUUAGAUAAAAGUUAUUUGUUUUUUGGAUA